AUAAUCACAACCAAUUCACGUCGCCGUCGGUUUGGGCGGAAAAUAAAGGACGGUCCGUUGUUUCUUUUCAGUUCACUAACAGCUUAUCACCACUGGAGAAAAAACGCUAAAUACUUCAAGAACUCGAUUCAAAACAUAUACUUGACUUUUGGUUUGCUGUCUUCUUGGAUUGUUUCUCUCAAUACACCAUUCCUGGACUUAUUACAGAAUCUCACUCGCCUGUAGAUUCGGUAAUUUUUGUUUCCGAACACCGGAUUCUUAUUUUACCCGUGGUGGAGCAACGAUGCAGCAUUUUGGAGGUUACAACCCGGCCGCUCUUGGCGCCAUGUACACCAUGCACCAGCAGGCGUUACAGAUGCAGGCGGGCUAUCGCCCGUCCACUCACGCACUCUCCCUCGCUGAGAGGCUAGCAGACAUCAUUCUGGAAGCUCGUUACGCACACCGCAAGCAACGACGCAGCCGCACUGCAUUCACCAAUCAGCAACUCGCUGCUCUCGAGAAGACGUUCGCCAAGACUCAUUACCCGGAUGUUGUGAUGAGAGAAAGACUUGCCAUGUGUACAAAUCUUCCAGAAGCUAGAAUACAGGUAUGGUUCAAGAACCGCAGGGCAAAAUUCAGGAAGCAACAGCGCAACAAGUCCAUCAACGAAGGCGACGAAGACAACCAUAGCAACGCUGACAAGACCGAGGAGAAGUCGAUUACGCCCGAAACUUCGAAUUUGGUAGAAGAUGAUUUGGACGACGGUUGUCGAAGGCACCCGACGACGGACUUUAGUCGCGAACAUUUUCACGCAGCGAUGAUCUCUCCGCGUUCCGACGGCGUUAUGUCACGCGAGUGCGAUGUCGAUGUCGACGGCAGCGAUAAAGAAGACGAUGAUGACGAGGAUGAUGAAGCAGUGGAUGUGCGUGGUGGAGUCCUUCCAAGGGACGUUGGAAAGUUCCGGGAAGAGGAGGAUCGGAUGGCGAGGCUAUCGAAGCCGGAAGAAGACGAAGUCGAUCGGUCGUCGGUGUGUAGCCGCGGAUCUCAAGAGAAAGAUGCCGACUCGUUCUCUGUAUCAUCCCCGAGGCCACAUUCUCAAGAAAAACUAACGGACAAGUACGAUCCAAGCGCGGCAUCGGGUAUCGAAACCAUUAAUACGAAGACGUCGUUGAACCUCCCCGCGUUCCGACCUCCUUUAUUCGACGUCAGCACAGCAGGAUUUUUCCCGCGGACCACUUUCGGCGCCCCACUCGGUUACCUGCCGGGAUUUGAGAGACAUCCUUCGAUGCUCCCUGCCUUCUUUAGUGCGCAUCAUCUCCCUUCGGCGUUAAACUGGCCUUCGGGACCAUCUAUGUUGCAUUCCGCUGUCUCCUCACCUGUCGUUGGUCCUAAUGUCCACGCAAGUAGCAUCGAAAGUCUACGCAUGCGUGCUAAGCAGCACGCAGCUGCUUUAGGAGUGAACAUGAGUGACUAAUUUUGUCACGUCUACGCAGACUUUAAAAACUUUGCCAAUUUACAAACUGUUCCGGACUCCGUCGUUACAUAAACUUUCUAGUGAUCUCAAUUAGAAUAUACAACUAUUUAUAGAUUUCUUUAUAUCUUUUAAUUGUUUCACGCCACAUGAUAUUGUUGUUUGUUGAUUUUUGUCUGUAACGUUGGAAAUAUCUUUCUAUGCAGUCACUGUAUAAUAUAUGCUGUGAUAUUUCGCCCUGACAUUGGACAAAAUGUUUCGAAGUUUCAAAGCCAUUUCUUGUAGCUCAUUCUUCGUCCAUAAAUUAUAGACUUGUCAUUUCUCACCGAAGUGCAAAAAAGCCCUUGAAGUUACUUUUAGAUUUUUAAAAGGCAUCAUUAUUUCGCGAUGAUUGACACAUGUUCAAAGUCAAAUACUGAAUACAAAGAUCUUAUUUGGAUUAGCAAGUAAACUCUAGGGCCUCUUUGAGCUUUGGUGAGAAAUAGUUAGAUGUUUUUGUCAAAAUGCCAAAGAUAUAAACUUGCAUGUUUAUGGUAGCCAGCUAUAGUAAACUUUAAAUCCAGAUAUAUACCUUAUGCUUCGCAAUAGGUAUUAUAAGAUAUUGACUUAAUUUGUAUACUUCUUCUUAAAUUAGAAGCUUUUACAUCGGGAUUAGAUAAGUACAAUGGUUUAGUUUUGAAAUUUGUUGAGUUUUUCAAUUUUAUUAUUUGUAUGUUACAGCUUGAUUUACAAAAAAAUAUAUUGCAAACUGUAAUACCUUUUUUCUUUUCUUCAAGUGAUCAAUUUCACUGAAUCAAAAUAUUUCGCAUAAGAGGAUGGCAAUGCCUUCAAAAAUGAUCAUUUUAUUUCAAAAUCCUUUGAACCUCUGUUUUCUAUGAUUUUGUUAAAACAAUAUUAUGAAUUUCGUGGUUUAUUUUACUUUCAUCUGGCUAUUUCUUUUUUCGAGGGGGGGGGGGGGGGGGGGCUGUCAUUUAAGCGACAAUCAAUUUGUUUUAAUAAAUGUUAUAUUUCAGCGUUCUUAUGGGAGAAUUGAUAUAUUUAUUCCUCAGUCUCAUCGGCAAACAGACUCCAGCCCGACUCCAAAAAUGUAAUUUUUUGUUCUGUCUGAUGAUGGCCUGUUGUCUGUCUCGUUGGUGUGAUGGGUAUCAAUAUGGCACAAGUUAUACUAUAUGCAGGUACUUUUGAAUAUUCAAACUAUGUUGUGUAUAUAAUGGAGAUAUAGAGUGCUACGAGUUGUAUAUAUUUGGUAAAAUGCAGUUUGCUGAUAAUUUAAAGAUAUGUAGAAUAAAAAUAAUGAUAGUAUAA